AGGCUUCAGUGCUAUAGUUCUGGGAAGAACUUUCGACUUUCGUGAAGAUCUAAAGAUCCCCGACUCGCUAGCGCAGCAGCCUGAAAAGAGCACUGAGUUCUGAAUAUUUGCUUCACACAAGCCAUCCUUCGUUCUGAGCCUCGGUUUCUACGUGGAACACAUGUCAGAGACAAGACUAAUGGCCAAAGACGUCAUCAAGACUCUUCCACAAGACCAGGUCCCCCAACCUCCAGUGGCGUCUGGGUCUCCCAGCAUGAAGGAACCUGUGGAGGGGGAAAACCGUAGUCCUGUGAGAGACUUGGACCUCAUGGAGUGCCUGGAAGGCAGAAGCCAGGUGGCCCUGAGGCUGGCCCGCAUCGGUGAUGAGAUGGACCAGUGUCUGCGGAGCCCCCGUCUGGUCCAGCUGCCUGGGAUUGCUAUGCACAGACUCGCUGUCACCUAUAGCCAGACGGGUAUCAGGGGUCUUUUCAGAAGCUUGAUUGGAAGCCUCACUAACCUCAGGGAAAAUAUCUGGUCCUGGAGAGUCUUGACUCCUAGCGCCUGGGUGUCACCUGACCAGGACCCUGGGCAGCUGUUUCCCAUGGUGCUGCUGGUCUUCUUGCUGCUGGGUGGGGCCUGGCAUUUGCAGCUUCAGUGAGGUGCAGCUGGGGCAGGGCUGGUCCCUGCCCCCCAACCCCUAGAGGUGCCGGCACCCUAACCGUGCUGUUUUCUGACUGUCCCCUUUUUUAUAUUUAACUCAGGACAGUGCUGAGAUUUCCUACAGGUUUUCUGGGUUUUUGUAAGGCAAAUGAAUUCACUGUCCUUCAGGAGCAUUACCGGCUAAAUGCCCCUGAGGCCUGGCUGGCCCUUCUCUCUUGACCCCUGCCACCUUCCUCUCUGCAGGCUGGUCCUGUGGCCAUCAGUGGGGGGAGUGCUGGCCACACCCCUGUCUGUGAAGCCUUGAGGCACAGAAUCUACUGGCCUAGAUUCCUUUGGGGUGGGUGGAGAGUUCAAUAAAGUGUUUUCAGCAGAGUUCAAUAAAAUGCUUGCAGCCA